CAUUCAGGUGAUCUGUCACAACUGUCACCGAUCUUGUUGACUUGGCAAUCAAAAUAAUAUCAACAAUUUGUUUCUUAGUAUUGUAGGACCAUUUUCUUCCUAUAUAUCAAAGAGUUGAUAGUUAUCUGACUUGUACAGAUGCUAUAAUACAUAGACUGCAAAGUUUGGAGAUACAAAAAUGACCCAACCUAACCUAUUGGAGAUAGUUCCUGAGCAAUUGUUUCAAAGCCACUCUAUUAGUGAUAUAGAUCAGGUGCAGAAGAAGCUACAAUAUGAGAUUGAGAGGAAAAGAGAGGAGUUGCGGGCUAUGGUCGGUGAGAGAUACCGAGACCUGAUCCAUGCAGCUGACACUAUUGAGGAGAUGAAGGACACAACGGGUAGUACUCUGAACCACAUCAGUGAAAUGAUGGCGGCUUGUAAGAACCUGCAUAACACACAUUUGGUGGGGUUCAAGAUUGAUGAGAAACCAUCAGCUACUCAGAGUUUCCAGUUUAAUACAAACCCAGUGCACAGUUUGUCAGUUCAAGUGAAGCUGUUGAUGGAAAUACCUGAAAAGAUAUGGAUUAGUAUUGAGGCUGAGGACUAUGUGAAGGCCACACAACUGUUUAUUAUGGCGCGACAUAUCAAUACAGGUCUGCAAUUACAGAUAGGCGGUAAGACCGUGAAGCCUGGCAUGCAGUCUCUACAGAGGCUGGUGCAACAGCAGUGGCACUCCAUAUCAAACUUCAAUCAGACCAUUAUCGACGUUUGCAAGCAGAAGUUGCAGAAUGUCGAAAUUAGUGUUGAGGUUGCCUGUUCCUGCCUUGUGAGCCUAUACCUUCUAGAUUCGCAGUCCAUGGUGGAACUGCUAAACACUCUGAUUGGUCUCCAUAGUAACAGCAGUCUUAAGUCCACUCUACAGUACGAUCUAGCGCAGAUAUUAGAAGGAGAUGUCAAAGCGCAGAUUAAAGAGAAAAUUGUGAAUGGAGUUAAAAUUGUACUGAAAACUGUCGUUCUGGUGUAUUCUUGUUUUGUUGAUAACGACGGUGGCGCUGUUCUAGCCAAACUACAAGAGUUGUUCAGGAAGGAUUCACAGCCGUUGAUUGAGUUAGUGAAGUUUAGUGACCCAUCGUCUUCGAAGCUCCUGCCUCCUGCUAUAUGCAACUAUAGGUUAUCAUCAACCAAAGAAGUCCAACCUCUAGCCAAGGAGGAGAUCACGAAAAGUGUUCAGGAUUGGAAUGUAUGGGUUAAGUCCUUCAUAGAGACUAAUGUUCAGACAUUACUGCAGAACAUCACUAGAGUUAAAGUUCUGCACGAGAUUAGAGAGGAAGCUUUUAAGAUCGAAACUCCAUCCAACUGGUCAAGGAUAUGUUCUUCGCUCGCCAUCCCAGAAGUCCACGUUUGGUGCCACUACUACCAGCCGUUGCUGACGUCACGAGUCCAAGCGAUCAUCGACAGCCGAUGGGUCAAAGUCUACGACGCAUUCAAAACCCAACUCCUCAUAGACCUGACCAAGGUAUCCUCGGAGAGUGAAGUGGAAAAGGAGGCCGAUAUCAACUGGUUUGUAUGGAAAGACCUGAUUGGGGAGACGGUGAUCGAGUCCAGGGGUGACGUCAUCAAAGUCAUGAAUUCUUUAUUGAAAGGUAUGGCACGACAAGAUCGUGGUUAUUCGCCUACUCUAGAAAAGCUUUGCAAAAGUCUAGACGAUGAAUUACAGAAGCUUCUGGAAGAUUUGAGGGUAUACUUGUACCAGGACAAGAAAAACACAGCCAACAAAGAUAAGCUUUUGUUUUCGUACGAUGAAGAUGACGAUAGCGAUCAGAUUUACAGCGAUAAACAUCAGAUCGAGACGUAUUUGAGGGAUGUUUCCGAUAAAAAUAUACAAAGUAUGCUUCAAUACAUAAAGGCGUGUUUUGAAGAGCCAACACUCCAAUCCACUGAACUUCAGAAAAAGACGACAGCCAUAUACACUGCCCGGUUCACGCAAGCUAUUUCAACCCUUAUGGUACAUUUACGCAAGUGCUACAUUCCUGACGAAAGGGAUGGUUUAGGGGUUAUCAAUAUAGACGAUAAUGCUUUGAAGAGGUGGAAUGAUAUGUGCGUUGUGUUGAAAGAGCAUUGUCAGUUCUGUUGGGGCAAGUGGGUUGAUAUUGUGAUAGCCAAGGUUGAAGAUUUGACCAAAUGUUUGCCGCAAUCGUUUACAUUAGAAGCUAAUAUUGAUUAUUUGAUGAUGCAAUGGGAUGUGAUCAAAAUAACUGAGAAAGAUGAGGAAGGUAAUCCUAUAGAGUCUACUAUAAAAGUGCCAGCGGGCCCUUCGCUAAAGCUCCAGGAAUAUCUGUACUCUGCCAGCCGAAUAUUGGACGAAGUCGCUCCACACACAUUGCCAAUAGAAACUCAUUCGCUAUUCAUUGAGAGAAUAGUCGCUAUCACAUUCGCACACUACAACAAAGUCAUACGAGAAAACGAGACGGAUAUAAACCAGAGAUGUGCGCUUCAAUUGCUCAUGGAUGUGCGACAUUUAACUAUGUUGUUAGUGCCUAGAGAGAAUAAGAAAUCUAUGGAGUUGUCGCAUGAGAUAUGCGAGUUUUUGAGGCAAAAGAUUGAUCCAUUUGACUAUGAUGUCUUUUAUCUGUACAUACAGACAAAUUUGAAACGCUCUGUUCAGCGAGUGCAGACUCUCCUCGGCAGUCUAGUCCUCCACCACGGUCAGCUAACAGGCAUAAUAGGCACGAAGCCGGUCCUAUCAGGUGGUAGUGGGGACAAGGCGGCUGCGCUGCUGGCCUCGGGAGACUCGCACUGGUUCUCCUUGUUACCUGUAGCUGCGCCACCCAGUCACCUCAAGAAACAGGAUAAGCCGAUCAAAAAGAAGCCAAUAUCAUCCAGUCCAAACAGAAACAGAUCAGAUAUAUCGGAGCUGAUGACUAACUCUCUACCAAUCAACUUUGCGAACGCGAGAUCCGGGGCAGCCUCAUUCUUCAACUCCAUAUCUUCGGAUUGGUUUAGUGGUUCCUAAAUAUAAAAUAAAAUAAGUUUUUAAGAAUAUGUACGUCCUCCUAUUUAUUUUAAAUAUUGAUUAAGGGAGUACAAUUCCUUAAAAUUAGUUAAAAUACUAUAUUUAAUGCCUUAAUGAAGAGGUAUACCGUAUAGGUCCGAACUAACUAACUAGGUAUAAGGAACUUUAAGUCAAAUGGUCUUAAGUUUCUUUUUGGAUAUCGAUACCCUGUCGUUCAGCAGUCAGAGUUUCCUCAUGGACUCUCGAGGCUAAUUGCAGUAGAUCUCUUUAAUACAUUUUAUCUUUCUUAAACUGUUAUUUAUUGAAAAAUAUUUGUUUUGUGGGCACCUUGUUGCAAGCAUUUUAAUCUGUUAUAUGUAAUGUUAGCCAGUACCAUAAUUUAUGUAUUCAAUUAAAUAGCCAUUAAUAAUUUAAUAAUAAUGUCAUUUGAUUAUGAGUCUUAUUUGACUGCAAUAAAGUAUAAAUCUAAAUGUUUAUUUAAAUGUAAUAUAUGAAUAAGUUACUCAUAUUUUAUGAUCUUUUAUUGCUUACGGUCCUUGAUACAAAAUGCAUUUAUGCAGAUCUAUGAGAUAUACGUCGUGAAAAAAACGUGUUGGUGUUUUUAAAGUUGGGUAGGCAAAUUUUCUCACAUAUAUAAAAGCAAUCUAUACUCCAUACUCUUGAAUGUUCUAAAAGAUCGCACUUAGUAAGGCGUAUUCAAAGUUAUUUUAACCCCUCCCAAUUAGAGACUUCGCAAGUUUCAUCAGAAUAGACGGUAUGACUUAACUAAAAGCAAAACAAUAGAUAGAAUUAUACAAUUAUAGCUGUCUAAAUACUAUCCUGGGAACAAUAUAAAUUAGUACUUUUAUAACAAACCUUUCACAAACAUUGUCAUUAAAUGUUAUCACAUGCAGCAGAAGUUUCAGAAUACAAUAAGAUUUAAUUUGAUGUACAAAUCACUUACAAAUUACUAUUGCAUUAAAUUUUUCUAGUCUA